GACUAGAUUGGGAGAGAGGAUGGUUAGUAUGAACUCAACGCUAGUGGAAACGGUUAGCAUCAAUUACGAAGAUUUCAACGAGAGCUUUUUAACAUGUGGAACGUGCUUGUGUAUGUACGAUGGCCAGGAACACACACCGAAGCUCCUCCAAUGCUCGCACACCGUUUGCUUACACUGCCUUACCCGGAUAGCAGCCUCCCAAACCCGAGACACGGGCACCUUCCGCUGUCCGAUAUGUAGGGAACUGAUCCACAUCCCCCGCGGAGGGGUAUCCGCCCUUCCGCCUUCGUUUCUAGUCAACCAACUGCUGGAUUUAAUGUCGAGACAGCGGAGGGAGGUGAUUCCUAAGUGUUCGGUGCACAUAAACCAAGAAUUGUUGUUCUGCGAAACUUGUGAUACCGUUUUCUGUACCCUUUGCACCGGGGGAUCCCACAAUGACACGACCACGAGCUGCGAGCACACCAUCAUACCCUUUUCGAUAGCUAUAAAGCGGAUGUCCGAGAUUUUGCUGUACAAAGCCAAUGAAUGUAUUUCUAAGUUAUCCCAGGCGCAAGAAGGAGUGAGCGCCGAGUUAGGCAGGCUGGACACUGCCAAAGAGACAUGUUUAGACAAAAUCAACGAGACAUUCCAGCAGAUACAAACGUUAAUGGAUCAAAGGAAACAGGAAAUCAUCGACAGCGUUAAUACGAUAUGUACAGAAAAACGGCGCGUCUUAGAAGAACAACACACUCUUAUAGAAAACGAGAAAAAUAAGGUAGAACAAGAAUGUCAAGGCCUUCAAUAUCAAGUGGAAGUACGAAACAUCACUCAAAGAAUAGAAAUCCUCUCGGAAAAAUUGGACUCCACCGUAGCCCUCAGCGAACCUCGAGAAAACGCAUUCCUGACCUGCGAUUUCGACUUGAAUGACAGCUUCGAACAGAUCCAGCAACAUCUGAGCGUUCUAGGCAAAGUCAGGACCAGCACCACGUUCCCGAGAUUGUGCACUGCCAAGAUCGAGGGCAACACUAUAGCAGGAAUUGAGAAUUUCUUCACGCUUACUACAGUGGACUAUCACGGGAACGAAAGGAAGAACGGUGGGGAUCCCGUGGAGGCUGAAUUACUUAGUGCUGCAGCAGAAGAAAGCAUCAACCCUUCGGAAUCCGAAGAAACCUACCCAGUGAGAAUAGAAGAUUGUGAUGAUGGUACUUACAAGCUCUACUUUAGAGUUCCUAAGUCUGGCCGAUACGGCAUUAAAAUCUCUGUGAUAAAUCGCCCGAUCAAAGACAAUCCUCUCUACUUUGACGUCAGCGACCAUAACAACCCUAUCUGCGUUUACGGAACGAAAGGAAGCGGGAAGGAUGAGUUCAUGCAGCCUGUAGCUGUGGCUGUAGACGAGAAGGACCAAUCUGUGUAUGUGCUGGAUACUGGAAACUCGAGGAUUAAGGUUUUGACCGAUCAGUUGGAGUUCUUGAAGCACGUUACCAAUGAGGGGUUGCUUGGUAGGAGCUGUACAGGAAUUGAUAUUACAAACAACGGCUUAAUAGUGGUCAACUGGAGGACGAAGUAUCUCACGGAAAUGACUACAGAUGGAGAAACUAUUAAGUCGUUUACCUACAACGCCUUCCAAGAGCCCAUAGAUGUAGCCGUGGACAAAAAUUACGGGCACAUACUAAUCGCUGACAAUGGUAUGAACUGUGUCUUCGUUUUCGACUCCGAAGGGAAGAUUUUAUUCCAGGUGGGCAAGAAAGGAACCUUUAAUCUCAUAUCAUCUGUAGCUGUAGGACCUCUUGGUGAAAUCGUCGUGGCCGACUCGAGGGUACAAAUGUUCUCCGCUAAAGGAGACUUCAUGGAAGUCAUCUACGACGAAGGGAAAGGUAAAGGUCGUUACGGCGGCAUAGCGAUCGAUCUCGACAACAAAGUCCUCCUAACAAGAACUGAACAAAAAGGUCGGACCUACGUCCAGCUUCUCUCUCUAACCGAAAACAACGUCAACCAGUGUAUAGAUUCGCACGAUGCUAAGUUGAAGAGACCUAGUGGGGUAGCAGUUACUAACAACCACCAUGUAAUUGUCGUUGAUUUGGGCAAUAACUGUGUUAAAAAGUAUAGAUAUUGGUAG